AUGGUUCACUUCCCGAAUGAGAUCUGGCUCGAGAUCGUACAAAAUAUUGUCCCCGACGCCAAUCUUCAAGACCUUGAAGACUACAAGACUAGACAAUGUGCACUUGCAAGCCUCUGUCUCAUAUCGAGACAGCUCUACCCAAUCGCACAGCCAGCUCUGUAUGGGAACUAUAUCAAAUUCGCCUCACCUUGGCCCGAAGAAAGAUGUCUUGCAAACGAGACCCAACAUCAAGUCGACGGAAACGAUUCGCCCUACAGAAAAAACACACAACUCGAAAACUUCCUUCGCACUCUGAUCGAACGACCUGAUCUCACCGCCGCUGUUGUGAAUCUUCGAAUCGAUCGCUACAAUGACAAAGAAAACUCAUAUUCUCGUUAUCGAAAGGUCGAAGUGUUGCCAUUGAAUUCUACACUUUCUGAAAAUUUUGAGUCUGCGAUCGAGGUUUUCAUAGGUCCAUCGACUGAGCCUUCGAGUCUGUUGGAUGGACAUAUUUCGACUAGAGAUUGUUGGAAGGGUGAACUGCGGGCUGGCGUAGAAGGAGCCGAAGUCGCGCUGUUGUUGGCCAUUCUACCAAAUGUGAAAUUUCUUGAUCUUGAGGUAUCGGGGGAACCAACGACCUCUCUGGGUUCCUUUGUGCGGGUGCUCUGUGAGGCUAUUUCCGAGUACAGGGCAUGGGCGCAUGAGGACACGGAAGAGCAAAACAAGAAAGACAAGCAUGGAGAUGAGGAUGGCGAGAAGAAGGGAGCAGAAGACAAGAAUCAGAAGAAUGAGGUCGGAGAUCCGAGACGAGAGGAGGAAAAAGAGGUGUGUUCUUGUGGAGGGUUUUGGUGUCCAUCCCACGAUCCUCCACCGGUCCUCAAACACCUUGAAUGCUUGAGCGUUCGGGCUUUUGAUACUCAAAACAGGUGCGGAUUCAAUCUCCAAGAAUGCGUACCUCUCUUGACCAUACCGACGCUCGUCUCGUUCAGAGGUUAUGGCCUGAACUACGAGUACUACAUGUAUAACGUCAGAGAAACCAAAUCACCGCUACCUCUGGACCAUCUCCGCUCUUUGAAGCUCGAGUACAGUCAGCUGGAUGGUAGACUUUUCACAGGUCUCCUUGGUGGAACACGUCUCCAACUACAAACGCUCAUCAUUGAUACCUAUGGCGUUUUGGACUCAAGGGUCGAUGAGUCUCGUUUUCAUGAACGACUACAACAAGCACUCGUGACUAUGGCCAGUACAUUGGAACACCUGGUCUUUGUCACGCCCGAAGACACAAUGUCAAUGUUGAAUCUCCAGAAGCUCACCCGACUACGCUACCUCGAACUGGGAAUCGCAAGCUUAGUGGGAAGAAAGAUAUUUGUGCCGCACCCUCAAUGCAUCACAACGCGUCUGCCCCAAAAUCUCCAACAUCUCUGUUUACGUAGAGCGGACGACGAGGUCUGGGAGCCAGCCACCGCUCUGAUCAAAGCAAAACUCACGUCACUUGACUUCGCGGAGCUAAAGGUAAUAGAGAUCAGGUUUGUGUGGUCAGAAGACGAAAAAGCAGAGAACCACAGCAAUAGCGUGACAAGUAGCUCUUCAAAAGAAGAAGAAGCAAUCAUGGACAGCGGAGUGGCAGACGAGUCAAGUUACCUAGGCAUAUUGCAGGCACCUGCAAACGAAGCUGGAGUAGAAAUCAAGAUACUCACCAAUGAACCGCCCAUUGAGGUUGAGGUUGAUGGUUGGUGUGAUUCUGAUGAGCAUUGGGGCUGUGACUAA